AUGUCUGCCAGUACAGAUCCCAAGCAGCGCUUCCACAGGUCCUUCCUGGACCAUGUUGCUGUACUUCAGGACCAGAUUGAGGAGUUGAAAUCCAUCUCCACGGUGGCAGGGGAGCGCCAAGAAGCCAUCGACCAUAUUCUUGCUGGCAUUUCAAAGAUUCAGAAUGAAGUGGCUGAUGUCGCUGACGCGACCCCUGCGUAUGACCGCAAACAGUAUUCCGAGGCGAUAAAAGGGCUUCAAGAGAAGCUUAGCGAUACCACCGCUGUACUCGCUCCCAAGUCUCGAUUUCAGUUUAAGCGCACAGCAAAGCAUGUCGACAUGGGAGCUCCGGAGAACGAUCCUCGUCUACUUUCGGGAAGCUACUCACGGAACCAGCAUCAGCCCACUGCUCCACCCGGCAUGCCCAAGCUCGGCGAGGAAGCCGACGAUGAACUGAGGGAGCUGCCUUCUGAGAGGGACUACAACGCAGAGUUGUCCAGACCCAGCGCGUCUUCGAUCCGCAAGCCUAGCUUCUCUGCGGCAAAGACAAUUGGCAUCUCCAACCAGACGGGUCUGCACAUCAUACUGCCCUCGUCCGCGGCCAUGGCGACGGCAUCCGGCAGCUUGACGGACCUGACGGGCUGCAUCGUGGACAUGUCGAUACCCACGUCGCAGGGCCACGCGUUCCCGGGUCUGGCCAUGCGCGCCAUCAAGAAGAGCCUGAUUGUGGCCGGCCGAGUCGCGGGGCCGGUGCACAUCACGGGCAUCAGCGACAGCAUCCUGGUGCUGGUGGCGCAUCAGGUGCGCAUCCACGACUGCAAGAAUGUCGAUAUAUACCUGCACUGCACGAGCCAUCCCAUCAUCGAAGACUGCUCGGGGCUGCGAUUCGCUCCUCUACCAGCAUGCUACAUGACGGAGGCGGACAAGGCCGCUGAAAAUCAAUGGGACCAGGUUGACGACUUCAAGUGGCUCAAGGCCGGUCACAGUCCGAACUGGACAACAAUGAGCGAGGCGCAGAUUCUAAGUGACGAGAUUUGGACAAAAGUCGUGCCAGGACGACCCGGCGCGAGUGUGGAUGAGACUUUGGCCAAGCUUGGCAUUUCACCAAGGUGA